CGCGCCCCGACCUCCAAGGACUCGUUCCUAUACAACAUGGAGCACGUGCGGCGGGGUCGGGCCGUCAUCUUCAACCACCGCGACUUCCACCCGGAGCAGCAGAUGAAGAUGCGGAACGGCACGGACGUGGACCGCGACGCGCUGGCGGGGGUCCUGCGCGACCUCGACUUCGAAGUCACCGUGUACAACGACCUGCGCAAGUCGGAGCUGUUCGCCGUGCUGGACAAACUGUCCACCGAGGACCACAACGACGCCGACUGCAUAGUGGUCUGCUUCCUCUCCCACGGCGACAGUGGCGUGCUCUACACCUACGACGAGAUCCUCAAGUCGGACCAGCUCUGGGCCCGCUUCACCGCCGACCGCUGCCCGUCGCUGGCCGGCAAACCCAAGAUCUUUUUCGUUCAGGCGUGCCAAGGGGACCAGCUGGACGGUGGCACGACGCUGGUGCCGCGCCGCACCGCCACCGACGGCGACGUGGUCUCCUACAAGAUCCCGACCCACGCCGACUUUCUGCUGUGCUUCUCCACCGUGCCCGGGUACUACUCGUGGCGCAACACCACCAACGGCUCGUGGUUCGUGCAGGCGCUGGCCGCCUGCCUGCGCCAGUACGGCCGCACCACCGACCUGCUUACCGUGAUGACCCGCGUCAACCGCAUGGUGGCCACCGACUUCCAGUCCAACUGCCCCGGCGAUCCCGGCAUGCACCAGCGCAAGCAGAUCCCCUGCAUCAGCUCCAUGCUGACCCGAGACGUCAUCUUCAGCGCCAAGACGGGCCGGCGCUAAGAGGCGUGCCGGAGGCUCUGGCCGCCGAGCCGACAGGGCGGGUCAGCUGUGCCGGCCGAGCGGGUCAGCUGUGCCGACACAGCGGGUCAGCUGUGUCAGCGCUGCAGAUGGGGAUUGGUGGAGGAGCAUUCAAGGGAGGCUCGGCUCGGACGCCUCAGGUCGUCGGCUCACCAGCGACCCGCACCGGCCUGCGGACGGCAGUCGAUGGGCGCGGCGGAACGGCUCGGUACACGUGCGCAGCCGUCCGGGCCGUGUGUCGUGACGUCACUCAGCGGCUGGUGUGACGUCAGGGACCGGCGUGCUGUGACUGGUGUGUCGUUUGGUGCCGGUGUGUUGUGACGUCACUCGGCGGCUGGUGUGACGUCAGGGAGCGGCGUGUUGUGACUGGUGUAUCGUUUGGUGCCGGCGUGUUGUGAUGUCACUCGGCGACUCGUGUGACGUCAGGGGCUGUGCGGGGGUGGGAGUGUGGUGCGCACUGCAUUCACUGCGGCUCUGGCUGCCACUCACCAGCCAUUACCGGCUCGGCACUCGGGGACACGGCCAGCACGUGCGUGACGCUGUAUCUGCGCCUGCGUCUUCGAAACCCGGUCUCAGACCCGCACCGAGUCGAGGGAAUCUGUGAAGUCUUUGAAGCGCAUUUUGUUGUCCGGCUGCUGAUCUGCCUUGUGAUGAUGUGGGUGAUCUGAUCUGUGCUGAUUUGUCUCCUCUGGUCCGCUAUCCUGACCGUAUCGGACAGUCGCAGCUGUCGGAUACGGUCGGUGUCGAAUCUGUCAGAUCGUUAAUCGUAACGAUUCCCAGGGUCUUAGUAAUUUGCCGAGGUCACACGACGUUAUGAGAUUUUCCGAGGUUUCGCCACAGAGUGUAGAAGCCAGGGGUUGCCGAGAUAGCGUAUCGGUACUCUAUAAGUUUAGUAAAUCUUGGAGAUACCGGAACCGGAGAUAACAGUCGUGAUUCCUCCAAAAACCAAUAGUUAAAUGCUUUGUCCUGUUGUUUUCCGGUUUCUGUACUGACCUAAAGUUGUCUCCAUAAUAUGUUGCUAUUUUUGGUAUAUGUGAGGUUAGCGCCUGGGUGUGAACAGAAAUUCUACAAGUACAACUUGUGUAAUACAUUUUUCGCUUAUAGGACUACGAAUCGUGGCCGCAAUUGAUGUAUGCAUCCCAAACUCAUGGUUCAAAACCGUCCACGUGCAU